GAUUUAAAGAGCCUAAUAUAAAUGGCACGAAAUUCCGCUUGCUGCAGCUCAAAUCGCAACUCACUAAUUGUCUUAAAUGAAAUGAUAAGUAUUGUUUUGACGUCAUAAGUGAGAAGAUGAUCGAUUUCAUUAUUGUGUCAUCGACACUGUCGUUGAACACUAUACAAAUAUGACUUGUUGCUUACGAAAUCGGCGCGCAUCGAUGACAAAUGUUUUGCCGUUUUUCUAGCUCUAUAUGAGCUUGGCUUGAGCUUGAGCUGGAGCACAGCUAUUAUAUAUAGCUCAAUUAUUUAUAAAUUCGAUUGCUGGAGAAGGAAAACAAUAUUAAUUGACACAUCAGCUCGCAGGACAGCUGUCUUCAUUUUGGUGGUGGUCUAACUACACUGUUGACGUUAGUGGAAGCCUCGCUUAGAAACCCAGUCGUGAACUGUAGUGGACGGCAGUUCCACACGGUUUCCACACUGCUCCUCUGAAGUACUGGGACGGUGAUGUCGGCGCCCGUGGACGCCCCUGUGGACGCCCCUGUGGACGCGGUGGACAGUCAGAUGGAGACGGUGGACGCGGCCUCUGUGCCGCCGGCGGGAGGUGACACAGGAGAUGCCGGAGUGUUCGGGUUCGGCCGGGCGACGCCUAUCGUCCAGGCCACUGCACCCACCGCCAAAGAUUCCUUCGAGUACAACAUGAACCACAAGCGGCGUGGCCGGGCCGUCAUCUUCAACCACCGCGACUUCCAUCCGGACCAGCAGAUGAAGAUGAGAAACGGCACAGACGUGGAUCGCGACUCCCUGGAGGCGGUCCUGAGGGACCUGGACUUUGAUGUUGAGGUCCACAAUGAUCUGCGAAAGUCGGAGCUGUUUGCUGUGCUGGAUAAAUUGUCCACGGCCGACCACUCGGACGCCGACUGUCUGGUCAUCUCGUUCCUCUCUCAUGGUGAUACCGGUGUACUGUACACUUACGACGAGAUCCUGAAGUCGGACCACCUCUGGACCCGCUUCACGGCCGAUAGGUGUCCGUCGCUGGCCGGAAAGCCAAAGAUUUUCUUCAUUCAGGCGUGUCAGGGUGACCAGCUAGACGGCGGCACCACUCUGGUGCCGCGUCGCACCGCCACCGACGGCGACGUGGUCUCCUACAAGAUCCCCACGCACGCCGACUUCCUCCUGUGCUUCUCCACCGUGCCGGGCUACUACAGCUGGCGUAACACCACACAGGGCUCGUGGUUCGUGCAGGCGCUGGUCCACUGCCUGCGCAAGUACGGACGGCAGCUGGAUCUUCUGACGGUGAUGACGCGAGUUAACAGACUGGUGGCCACCGACUUCCAGUCCAACUGCCCCGGUGAUCCGGGCAUGCACCAGAGGAAGCAGAUUCCCUGCAUCAGCUCCAUGCUCACUCGGGACGUUUUCUUCACGCCCAAGGUUCGCCGCAACUAAGGUCCUCUCGGCAUACAACGCACGUGCCAGCAUUUCUGGCCGAGGGGAUUAUAGGUGGCGCCACAAUUGUGGGCAGGACGGACGGAAAGUUAGGUCUUGCAUCGACCUACUUCAACUGGCAGCGAAGCGAAGCAGUUGCUAGAUGAUACGAGCACUGUUGCCAGGUAUCAUGCACUGUCUUGUCCGGAUCGGUGUGGGCUGUUAUGAUGGGCAUUGGGCAUGCGCCUCGGGCGGAGAAGUGACGAGGGGGCUCUGUGCUGGUCAAGCUAGGUCCUAUUGAUAGUGACCGCCUUAGUUGUGAGGUUUGCACCGAUAUCAAAAGACGUUGGCCCUCCAAGCGUUGUCUAUGUAGAUGUCGACGUAGAACUGUGCGGGGCGUUAGUUCGCUAGUUUGCGGAGACCCGUCAGUAGAUUCACUCGGGCUCAUGUGAAUGCUUUGUCGAUGCUGUUUAUAACAGGCCAGUGCUUACUAUCUCCAACCAGUAAUAUCAUAAGCGCUAUUUCUGCUUUCUGGGACGUCUCCUCAUCUUAUCACUUUCAGGGAUAUCUUGAUAUUAACUUUGGGCUGAUGCUUCUCUGAUAGUUGCUAGAUCGGCGAACAGUACAACAAUACAACAUCCUGCCUUUGGUGUACAACACAAACACCGCAAAGAUACAACAUUCUGCCUUUGGUCUGGUACAAUGUCACAAGACCGCUUAGGAAACAGCACUGCACUCAAUGUUGUUGGAACACCCUGCCAACUUUCAGUGGAUCACAUGUUCUUUCGGAGGUCUUUCGGAUGUUUGUGUGGAAGUGUGCGGGACGUGGACAGAAGCUGGCUGAUUCUUUAGUGGCAAACCCGCCCUGGCCGUUUCACUGUGGAUCUAAUCCACCAUGCCAUAUCACCAGAUUGUUGUUCAAGAACCCGUCCGAUUUUGUCAGUGUUUUAGGUCUUAUGUCAGGUGAACCCUGGGGUCUUCUGAAAUAGGUCCCAUGUUUGUAUUAAAUCCGCUGGUAAGUUACGGUUGUCUGUGACUUCUUACGUGAUUCGCUCUCGUCUCUAUGCUUUUGUCACAAUUUAGCAAUAAUAGGAGCCGUGUUAGCUUGACGUCGCUUUUUUGUUGUAAUUACUUACUGAUAGUUUUGACUGAUGAAAUUUGGGCCACUGGUGAUGACAUUUAGUUUGUCUAAGCGCUACUCAUGUCAAGUGUCAUCGAAGCUUAUUUUUGUGUCUUCCGUGCUCGACGCAAGAUUAUCGGCCGCUGUAUCCCAUCUUUGAUUGCAUUUAAACACGACAUCUGAAUAGAUAUAUAUUCAUGUAAUUGGUCAUCAUGUCACAACUGAAACUAAUCUGUACACUUGCAGCUAUGUUCUACACACUUGAGACUUGACCAGACUCACGAUGGCUCCUUGCGUUGACUUGUCCGUGCCCGUGAAUGCUUGAAAAUAGUUGUUUCAGAUUAUUUCCAUCACAAGUGUAUGUCGGGCUGCACAUGUUGCGUCCAUAGCCUGCCUCUUUUGUGGAGAACAUGAUCUCCACGCUAGCAGUUGUGAAGUGUGAUUGGAAAUAAACAAUCCGGCGGA